AUGCUUGGCGGAUCUAUUGCCCACGAUUGGCGUUGUGACCAACUCAACCACGAGCGCGCCUUGAUCAACGCUGGCGCUUCUAGACCGAUCAUUUCGACUGCUGAUGACUGGGGACCCCCACCACCUCGAGGAGCACCGGCUGGUGCUCCUCAUCCCUUCUUAGGUCGAAUUGAGCAGCAAUUCACCCCGAUCAAAUCAAACCAAGUAGCCUCACAAGUUGGUCCUCAACGUGCCAAAGUAGUUUACCCAUGCCAGCGCGCUUCACGCGGUCCAGUUGCACGUGGCCACCGGACCAAUGGGAACAAAGGCUGUCCUCAUCAGUACUGCCAGGCGGGGGGUGUUCCAAGCACACCCGUUGAACAGAGGCCGGGGGCCCAGCCAAAUGCCGGCGCGAUCGUCAACCCUGUUUUGCCCUCCACUGCAACUGCAGCUCAUCUCCCUACUCCGGGGUCUUCAGCUCCACAAGCUGCGCCUGCACGAAGGCCAGCUCCUCAUGUCCAUCAGUGGGCGCAAGCAGCUAACACGCUUGGACACCGCCUAGAUUUCCAAGCGAUAUCAGCCAUCCAAAUUGACCGCCGUGAGCGAUACAAAGCUCAGGAACGGGCCAUAGCCAACAAAUUUGACGAACGUAAAGUGGUAACUAUUUACCUGUGGCUUGAUGCAGUCGAACCGAAAGUUAUAUCAGCUCAUAUGGACCAAUGGCCUAAAGCCAGGCUGGACGAAUCUCUGCUGCUGAUGCAAGCCUGUACCAAGCAUUUUGGACCUACAUGGAACCGGGCUCUUCUUUUUUGGGAUGACAAGAUCGACACUUGGCAUGAAACGAUGGUCACGAUCCCUCACAGAUACUCAGUAAACAAGCAGGAGAUUGUGGUUAGGUCGCCACAAGUAGAUCCCCGGACCCCUGGCUUGCCCUUGUCGAAGUCCAAGGCGCUUCAACCAAAACUCCAAGAUCCUCGAGCAGACCCACCCGUCGCCAGUUCCAGUGUUUCAGUCGACGCCAGUCCUUUCGAUUCUGACCCUGAUGUGAUUGUGGUUAACGGGCCCAAAAACACCACCCACGCCCUUCACAGUCAACAAACCAAGCAGCUAGACAAACUCAAUGCAAAGCAGAAAGGCUUGACCAAUGCCACUGAUGAUGAGAAUGAUGAAGUUUUUGUGCAGAACCCCCCGACUCCCAACGCCCAACCCCAACGUCGCGAGGAUUUUGAUGAUGAGCUACCCGAUUUGGACCUUUUCAUCAAAACCUCAACAGCCAAGGCCCAAGCAAUUAAUACCAGUUCUGAUCCGAAAGUCAGUUCCGAUCCCAAAUUUAGUCCACCAGGGAAAUCGCCAACUCCAUCACCCGUCUUGACAGCUACAACCAAUGGCAACAAUUCAACCCAAGUUCAGACAAAUACAAACAAAGUCGAGUCAAGUACCAAUACCCAUAUCAAGAAGAGAGGGUGGCCGUCUUCUUUUGUACUGGUUUCAGACCUUCUCGCGUGGUACAAGAAUUGUGAAACUUGCUCUCCGCAGCAGGCAUGGAUGAAAGCCUUUGGUUCUGAAUGGCGCCUGGGGACUUCCACUAUGUACAGGUAUAUACAAUGGAUUGAUGAAGUAGAUUACAAGAUCUUCUUGAAUGAAUACAUCAAGUUUCCGCGUGCUAAUGUGGGUGAAGCACGGAUUCGCUUCAAGGAGGAGUUCAAAAGGGUCGCCCACAUCUGA